AAUAUGCAGACAGAAGGAGGUCUUACACUGAACCUGCCGCAGUUAAAUGGAUGAACCCCACACUUUCUCUCAGGCUUUCAUUCACAUGUCUUUAUCAGAGGUCUGCAGCGCUAAUCCGCUUUAAUCCCAGUCAACAGAGGCGGAGCAAACCUCUCAUUGCGUUUUACAGUUUUCCUGGCCGCAUUCAAUACGAGACAUUUGUGCGUGGAGCAUGGUGGAAGGACUUCACCGCAAUGUGUAACCUUGUGUUUGCGUGUAGAGUAGUUUGUGUGUAAAAACGGUGCGUCGGAGGGGGAGCAGAUGCGGCUCUUGCCAUGACUUGUCCCAGGAAGCAGAGCUUUCAGGCGGCGUUGAUCUUGCUGUCUGUCGCCCAGCUGACUGCAGGUCUGAAGUGUGUGUGCCAGCUGUGCAUCAACCACACCUGCGAGACGACGGCAGACGGCGCCUGCUGGAACUCUGUGAUGUUGAUCGACGGGAAGGAGGAGACGGUUAAAUCCUGCCUGUCGCCCUUGGAAAUGAAGGGCCAGGUCUUCUGCUACAGCUCCAGAAAUGUCUCAAAGAGGAACUGCUGCUUCACCGACUUCUGCAACAACGAGACUCUGCACCUAAAUCCAGAGAGGCCUUCAGAAGAACAUGGGUGGAGCACAGAGCAGCUCACGUUGGUGAUCGUGGUUCCCUCCUGUGUACUGUGUAUGGGGAUACUGCUGGGUGUGUUUGUGGUGCAGGGUCACCACUGUUACUACAGCAGGGCCCACAAGCAGGACCCGGAGGAGCCUCUGGACGACCAGAUGCUCAUGUCACCUGACAAGUGUCUCAAAGAUCUAAUAUUCGACAUGAGCACCUCUGGCUCUGGAUCAGGUUUACCACUGCUAGUCCAGCGGACUAUAGCUCGGACUAUUGUCCUGCAGGAGUCCAUCGGGAAGGGUCGAUACGGGGAGGUGUGGCGGGGAAAGUGGCGGGGAGAAGAUGUGGCUGUAAAGAUCUUCUCCUCCAGAGACGAGCGGUCGUGGUUUCGGGAGGCAGAGAUUUUUCAGACUAUCAUGCUCAGACACGAGAACAUCCUGGGUUUCAUCGCAGCAGACAACAAAGAUAAUGGCUCAUGGACCCAGCUGUGGUUAGUGUCGGAGUACCACGAGUACGGCUCCCUGUACGACUACCUGAACAGCUUCACUGUCUCGGUUGAGGGCAUGAUCAUUCUUGCUCUGUCCAUAGCCAGUGGCCUGGCUCAUCUCCACAUGGAAAUUAUUGGCACACAGGGGAAACCUGCGAUUGCCCAUAGAGAUCUAAAGUCAAAAAAUGUUCUUGUGAAGAAGAACGGCACAGCGGUCAUUGCAGAUUUGGGUUUGGCUGUGAAACACGACUCCAACACAAACAUCAUUGAUAUACCGUCCAACUACAGAGUGGGAACCAAGAGGUACAUGGCCCCAGAAAUCCUGGAUGAGACAAUCAAUAUGAGCAGCUUUGAGUCAUUCAAGAGGGUGGAUAUCUACGCCCUCGGCCUGGUGUUCUGGGAACUGGCCCGAAGAUGCUCUGUCAGGGGACUUCAUGAAGAUUUCCAGCUGCCUUAUUACGACCUGGUGCCUUCAGAUCCGACCAUAGAGGACAUGAGGAAGGUGGUGUGUGAUCAGAAACUCAGACCCAGCAUCCCUAACCAGUGGCAGAGCUGUGAGGCUCUACGAGUGAUGGGCAAACUGAUGAGAGAGUGCUGGUACGCCAACCCUUCAGCUCGACUCACUGCACUGCGGGUCAAGAAAACUGUGUCUCAGAUCUCUGUCAUCAAGGACGUCAAAGAUUAGCUUGAAAUCCAGCCUGCGGAUCAGCACUGGUGCUGGCAUCGGUGCUGCAUGAUGGACUGAGAGUUGUUUGAAACAAACAGGGAGAGAGUAGUGCUCUCUGUAACUGCCUGAGGCUGCCCUCUUCAGGACAACAACUGCACUGUUCACCCUCAGAGAGCAGAGUCAGGUUGUUUUUGGUGCCAAAGUCUUAAAGGGGGUGUCUGAGGCUGCUUUGCACACAGACUCCUGAUAAACCAAUGUGAACCAAAAAGCAGGUAGGAAGAGCCAUAUGAGAUAAGAAUGUGUGUGAUGUAUGUACAGAUUAUUUUGCUACCUCAGAAAUGUAAGUGGCCAAAGCUUAAAGUUGCACAUUGUGAUGUUUUUUUGUGCCAUAUCGUGUAGCACACAUAGUAUUUCUUUGUAGAUAUGCUAAUUUACAAUCAGAAAUAAUUAUUGGGUUGACACUUUACUGGUCAUAACGUGUUUAAAAUGAAGUAUACACAGAUUUUUUUUUAUAAAAAUCUGAGCUUUUAAAGUGCUUUUGCAUUGUUAUUACAGUACAAGUGUAGUAAAGGUUUGUUUGAAAGGACACUAAACAGGACUACAGAAGUGCAUAUCCACCUUGAAGUCACCCUUAUAUCCAAGUGGGUUUUUCUUAGGUUUUACAUUACUGUUUUAACUAAUCACUGUGGUUCAGUGGAUGGUAAUAAGGCAGUCAGUUGCCCAAUCUAUUGGUUAAAGGUGACAUAUCAUGCAAAAUCGACUUUUUAAUGGUUUUCUACCUGAACUAUAUGUCCCUGCUAUGUCUACAAACCCCCGAAAAUGAAAAAAAAUCCAUUCUGCCCCUGUUUUCAUUUCUCCACCUUUCUGUAAAUGUGUGCUGAAACAAGCCGUUUCAGUUUUCAGUGUUUUUCAUACGUCAUAACGCCAUCCGGUCUGUAAUGGAAGUCAGAGCUCGGAGCUUGUUCAGCCCAUAGACUGUAUAUAAAAUACAACUCAACUCCUCCUCCGUUUUUCAUUACCUGCACACAUGUGUGCUAGCAAGGAGCUUAGGAGGGAGGUAUGCUAGUUGUAGGCUGUCUUAAUAAACACAGAGGUCGGUUUUACUCCCCACGUCUGCAGAUUUGAAGAUCUAGUGGAUGAUUUUUAUUUUUCAUGGAAAAGUGCUAGCGCUAGUUAGCAUAGCCACAUAGCUACAUGUUCAUCGCUGUGUUCAGAAAGGUCCUGCUGCAGGCGCCUCUCUGUCAGGAUCAGAUUCUGGAUCAAAUUCAGAGGGUUGAAGUAACACGGGUCUGUGAGCAGCCGUGUAUAUUCAGCCAACAUGUAAACAUUAGAUCAACGUGCUGGAGAGCCGAGGCCACAUCCACUUCCUGAGGGGGCGUGGUCAGAGAGCUCAUUCUCAUUUAAAGGCACAGACACAAAAAACAGCCUGUUCUGAGCAGGGCUGAAAAAGAGGGGUUUACAGGCAUGCCAAAAUCUGAUUUCAAAGUGUUUUUUUGAGCAAUACAUUUUAAAGACCUGUUUUGGGGACCUCUUAGACCAAUAUAUUUUGAUGAAAAAGAGCAUAAUAUGUCACCUUUAAAAUACCUCAACCAUCAUGGAUUGGAUCACAACAUUUGGUACACACUACUGAUACUCAAGAGAUGAACCCUAAUAACCUUUGAGAAAGUCAAGCUUAAACUAUCUACAGGACUAUCUACAGUGCAGUGUUUGUGAAGCAGUUCUGCUGAGUAACCUCUACAAUAUGUCUCAUUAAUCAUGUUCAUUACACCUGGACAAAACGUAGCAUCAGCUGUGUUGCCUCUUGAAAAUAAGCUAUGUAUUGCUAUGUUUCGUAGCCUGUUGCUUUGUUGUCCAAUAUCAGCUUCAUGUGCAGGUCUUCAUUUGUUUCUCUCUGUGAACUGAUUUGUUGGCAGCAUCCGUGUCAUUGAUAGAUAGAAAACACUGAAGAUUGCUCUGCCUGUGUCUAUUGGAAAGGCUUGUGGUACUUAAAAUUUUUGUUUGUAUUCAAAGUUGGAUCAUCGUUGAGCCAAGAUAUAUUUUAUACAUUGUGUCAUAUCUCCUUCUAAAAGCAUCAGAGAGAGAGAAGAUAAUAUAGCUGAGUGUGUUAAAGAUGUAUCAGUCAUUCCAAAGAGGGGUGAUCACCAUGUGCAAUUUCUGAUGGUGUCUUUUUUCUAUAUAUUGUAUAAUAUGAGAACGCUAAAUUAAAACAAAUGUUAUACUGCUUUCAUAAAAUAAAAACUAUUUUUGAUUUUUAACCAUCAAGUCAUUAAGAAAUAUAUUUUUGAUUAUGUGAAACUGUGUUGUUGCUUGGAUUUCAACCCAUUGCAUUGUAUCUGUUCUCUUGCACUAUUUAUUCUGUAUAAGUGAUAUCAGUGGGUCAAUAAACUUUGUUUUUCAUGGA